GGGGUUACUGCAACUUCUCCAGUUUAGGGAAACUGCGCCGUCCGCUAUAGUCCCCUUAACACCACCCGCCACCUCUUCUCCUUUAUUAUACCCUGCUUUGCUUUACCAUGCAUAACAGCCUUGUUCCCCAUGUGCUCCUCUCUUUUCUCUGCAUCGGAUUGAGUGCCCAGACUGAGCUGGAGACGGAUGAGGUGGUCCCCCGGCUGCUGUCCGGGCAGGAGGCGCACCUGUCCCCCCGACACACCGUCCGCUCCCUGCGGCGCCGCGGCCAGCGCUCCCUGCACGGCCCGGGCGGAGGACCCUCUGACCCGGAUCACAUCAUCCUGUCACUGCCCGCUUUCGGAAGGAGCCUCUAUUUAAAUCUGACGCGGGACAGUGCGUUUCUCUCCCGGGACUUUGUGGUGGAGGAGCGGCUGAGCGGAGAGCAGAGCCCGGCAGUGAGCAGCCUGUCCCGGGAGCAGCUCUGCUUCUACUCCGGCUCCAUCAUCAACCACACCGACUCCUUGGCGUCCCUCAGCACCUGUGGAGGCCUGACUGGGUUCAUCCACAUCGGAGAGGAGCGCCUUUUCAUCGAGCCACUGGGUGAACAUCGCCCCUCACAGUCCUUCUCCGGACUGAAGCACCAGCUGCAGAGACACCAACGCUCUGCCCCCCCCGGCUCUGCUCUGCACGCUGACCCGCCACACUUCUGUGGGACUGCACAAGGGAAGAAGAAGGAAAAGAUGUCCAAAGUGGGGGAGGAGGGUCGGGGGAGGAGGAACGCCAUCCGCCUGCAUGAAGCCUACACAGUGGAGACGGUGGUGGUGGCCGACUCCGACAUGGUGCAGUACCACGGGGCCGAGGCGGCGCAGAGGUUCCUGCUGACCGUCAUGAACAUGGUCUACAACAUGUUCCACCACCGGAGUCUGGGCAUCAGGAUCAACAUCAGAGUCACCAAGCUGGUGCUGCUCCACAGCCGCCCGGGGAAGCUGAAGGUGGGCCACCAUGGGGAGCGGGCUCUGGAGAGCUUCUGUCACUGGCAGUAUCAGGAGUUUGGGGGGCCGCGGUACCUCGGCACCAACCACGUUCCUGGAGGAAGGGACGACACCCCCCCAGUGGACACGGCAGUGCUCGUCACCAGGACAGAUUUCUGCGUUCAUAAAGACGAGCCAUGUGAUACUGUGGGUAUUGCGUAUCUGGGGGGUGUCUGCAGUACCAAGAGGAAGUGUGUGUUAGCUGAGGACAAUGGACUCAACCUGGCCUUCACCAUAGCUCACGAGCUGGGACACAACAUGGGGAUGAGCCACGACGACGACCACGCCACCUGCACCGGUCACUCCCACAUCAUGUCUGGGGAGUGGGUGAAGGGCAGGAACCCCAGCGACCUGUCCUGGUCCUCCUGCAGCAGAGACGACCUGGAGAACUUCCUCAGGUCCAAAGCCAGCGCCUGCCUCCUGCACACGGACCCCCGAAGCCGCUACCAAGUGAGACUCCCCCCCAAGCUGCCGGGCAUGCACUACAGCGUGGACGAGCAGUGCCAGAUCCUGUUUGGAACCAACGCCACCUUCUGCAACGACAUGGAGCACCUGAUGUGUGCAGGCUUGUGGUGUUUAGUCGAGGGAGAUGCUUCCUGCAAGACCAAACUGGACGCUCCUCUGGAUGGAACAGAGUGUGGAGCAGACAAGUGGUGCAGGGCAGGAGAGUGUGUCAGUAAGACCCCCAUCCCGCAGCAUGUGGACGGGGACUGGAGUCCGUGGAGCCAGUGGAGCAUGUGCAGCAGGACCUGCGGUACUGGAGUCCAGUUCAGACAGAGGAAAUGUGACAACCCUCCGCCUGGUCCUGGGGGGCAACACUGUCAGAAGCUCAGUGUGGAGCACAAGGCCUGUGAACGCCCCCCCUGUCCCAAAGGAACCCCCUCCUUCAGAGACCUGCAGUGUCUGUCCUACGACCGGCACGCCAGCAAGAAGAAGGGCGGCAUGCUGACUGCCAUUAUCAAUGAUGAUAAGCCCUGUGUGUUGUUCUGCAGCCCUCUGGGCCGAGAUGUCCCCGUCCUGGUGUCUGACAGAGUGAUGGACGGGACCCCCUGUGGCCCCUAUGAAGCUGACCUGUGUGUGAACGGAAGGUGUCAGAGAAUCGGCUGUGACAGCAUCAUCAGCUCCUCAGCCAAAGAGGACCGCUGUGGGGUUUGUAACGGAGACGGGCGCUCCUGUAAGAUCGUGAGAGGAGACUUCAACCACACCAAGGGAAUGGGCUACAUCGAAGCUGUGGUGAUCCCUGCAGGAGCCUGGAGGAUCAAAGUUGUCGAGGACAGACCCUCACACAGCUUCCUGGCGCUGAAGGACUCCAGUCAGAGGUCCAUCAACAGCGACUGGAAGAUCGAGCUGCCGGGAGAGUUCCAGCUGGCAGGGACCACGGUGCGCUACGUCAGGAGGGGCCUCUGGGAGAAAAUGUCUGCCAAGGGACCCACCAAGGGCCCCCUACACCUGAUGGUGCUGCUCUUCCAUGACCAGAGCUAUGGGAUCCACUAUGAAUACACCUUGCCCCUGAACACAACGCAGGACAGGAGGAGCGAGGAGCACAGGGAGCCAGAGUACCUGUACAUCUGGACACACAGCAGCUGGCAGGACUGCACGGUGCAGUGUGGAGGAGGUGAGAGGAGGACGGUGGUUUCCUGUAUGAGGAUAUUCAAUAAAACCAUGGAGAGGGUCAACGAUAGCUACUGUCAGCCUGAUAACAGACCCCUCCCCCAAAUACGACUCUGCAACUCCCACCACUGCCAGUACCGGUGGGUGACAGGGGAUUGGGGGUCCUGCUCCAUCACGUGUGGUAAAGGUCUCCAGCAGAGGGGGGUAGCGUGUGUUUACCACCUGCAGAAUGGCACCCUCUUCCACACCAGAGACCUGUUCUGUCAGGGGGGGAAGCCCCCUGUUGUGCAGGGCUGCGUGGGGCGCCUCUGCCUCUCAGUGUGGGAGGCCUCAGAGUGGGCCCAGUGUUCCUCAGACUGUGGGCGAGGCGUUCACAGUCGCACAGUGACCUGCACAAACCCUCAGGGGGUCUGUGACCCUCAGUCCCAGCCCCCCCAUGAGGAGCCUUGUGAGGACCACUCCAAAUGUUACGAGUGGAAGACUGGAGACUGGUCCAAGUGCUCGUCGUCCUGUGGGAAGGGCCUGCAGUCACGAGUGGUCCAGUGUAUGCACAAAGUAACAGGUCGUCAUGGUAACGACUGCCCAGUGACGUUGAGACCGCCAACCUACCGACCCUGUCACCACGGCACCUGCAACGAGAAAAUCAAUGUGAACACCAUCACCUCCCCCAGGCUAGCUGCUCUGACCUAUAAGUGCCUGGGGGACCAGUGGACCGUGUACUGCCAGGUGAUCCGGGAGAAGAACCUGUGUCAGGACAUGAGGUGGUACCAGCGCUGCUGCGACACCUGUAGGGACUUCUAUGCAAAGAAAAUACUGCACAAGAGCUAAUGACUGAAUGCACCUCCUUUCCUCUACGUAAUGCUCCUUUUUGUAAAUGUUUUGAAUAUUGUUAAAUGUAUAAAAAAAACAAUUUAUAUUAUUGAUGGAACUUUUUGUAUUUAAAAAAGAAAAUGGCAAGUACAUGUAAAUGUACAUUUUUAAACGGGCUCAUAAGCUUCUAUAUUUAAUGAGACUUGAACAUGUCAGAUUUGUCUCUUGCUGUACACCAAACAGAAUCUAAGGAGCAUCUGAGAGGCCGCUCCACACGGCUCACUCACACAGCCAUGAGUUUAAGUGCUGGAUCUGAUGGACUGUGGCACGUCUGUCAGGGCUCUCCUUACUUUAUAAAUAUGCUCUCCAUUGUAUCUUUUACUCUGUUGUACUGUUUUAUAACUAAAUGUUGCAAUUUCAAAUGACUAGUAUGUUUAUAUAUAACCCAAAUAAUUAUACUUAAGUAUGAAUUAAGUAUACGUUUUGAUCAGGAGACCCACGUCUCCAGGUCUGUGGACAGCUCAUGUAGCAUGGUGCGAGCAUUACACGUCUUUCAGAUGCAGUCAAGUUUAAAUUAUUGUUGCAAACAAUAUUAUUGCCUGUUCUACGAUGUUUUUACAUUCACCCCUCAGAUCCACCUCAGGGUAAAAAGCAGCAUGAGCAUAGACAAACAGCUGCUCUCAUUGGCUGUUUCCCUGCCCAUCAUCCUGAGCAUGGACAUGGUAUAGCCUUUAAUCAGUCAAUAGCUUUGUCGUAAGUGGUGAACAGGGGGGGAGGGAGGGGGGGAGGGACCUACCAUGGCUGUUUUCAAGCAUGUGCCUUUAGCAUUCAGACAGGAGCUCUUUACUCAUAGCCAGACACACUAGGUUCAUGUCAAAAUGAUAGAAAAACCUCAAGUAAACAUUUGAACUCUUGGCUUUUUAAACAAUCCAAUAUAUGAUCAUUUGUCCACAUAACAUGUCAACAUCAUACCUGAGGAAGAUUCCAUUAUAUUCGUCCUUUCUAAUGUUCAUAUCAGGAUCAAAUCCUGUCCACAUGACCAAUCUGAAUACUUAUUAUUGGUGGAAAUGCAACUGGAGCUCUUUGGUAACUGAUUGAACACCAGAAGAAGAGCUUCUGCACUUUAGCUGCAACAAUAACAGUUAAGCAAGCCGACAAUUAUCUAUAAACACAAAAACCUGGAUGAAAUGUAUUCAUGAACUUUAUUUACUCCACUCACCCAUAGUUAUGCCGCCCAUGAUCUCCAAUCUCCCCCACAGCUCACAUGCAGUAUAACCGUUUUGGCACAUAUGACAUGGGAUAGAAACAGACACAUCCACUUGAACAUCAGUGUACAAUAUAUUCUUUAUUGUUUAAUUUAACGUAAGUAAAGCCAAUGCACUGUGUAAAGACACAUUUCCUUCAUCAACACAGUGAAACAUCAACACAGUGUAACAUCAACACAGUGUAACAUCGACACAGUGAAACAUCGACACAGUGAAACAUCGACACAGUGAAACAUCGACACAGUGAAACAUCGACACAGUGAAACAUCAACACAGUGAAACAUCAACACAGUGUAACAUCGACACAGUGAAACAUUGACACAGUGAAACAUCAACACAGUGAAACAUCAACACAGUGAAACAUCAACACAGUGAAACACAUAUUACAUAUUUGUAAUUACCACUAUAUCUUAUCACCACUUCAAUGUCAUGCAAGGGCGUUGCUAUCAAUGGCAUAGCGCUGUGAUGAUUCCCUUUUAAAUAUUUAAACAGCAGCUGCUUUUUGUUCUCCCUGCCCACCUUCACACAGUACCGGAGCUCGUGUGGUGUGUGUGUGUGUGUGUGUGUGUGUGUGUGUGUGUGUGUGUGUGUGUGUGUGUGUGUGUGUGUGGUGUGUGUGUGUGUGUGUGUGUGUGUGUGUGUGUGUGUGUGUGUGUGUGUGUGUGUGUGUGUGUGUGUUCACUAAGGGUUUAAUGGUGCUAUCUUCUGACCCGUGUCACUGUUGUGGAGUUCAGCUUAUUGUCAGUAACGGUGCUAUUGUCAAUGUCAACAGUUGUCUGUUUUAAUGUUGUAAGACUAUUUAAUAAUGUUGCCAUUUAUUGUCUUUUUUUUUUCAAUGUAGUGCAAAUAUUAACUAUUUCUGUACUGUACUUUUUGUUGCACCGACAGUAUGUUUGGUAUGGACUGCCACUACAUGUAUUUAAUGGUGCCGGUCCUGGAUAAGUGGAUGAACAUGGACGGAUGUUUGGAACUGAGUUCAUAUGUUUAACAGCCAUGUUACCUGUUGUCUGCUGCAUUUGUAGUCACACUAUAUUUGUGCUGUCAUCCACUUUCUGUCCAAUAUUCCUCACAUCAUUCUGAGCAGGAGCCUGAAUGGUAGGAUCAAAUUAUAUUGUAAUAAGUCUACUGUAAAGUAAUUCUUUGUUUUGUCACAUAAUAAAUGAUAUGACCCACUAAGUUAUGUGGAGUUACUAUGGGCUUAGA